AUGGCGGGCCACGCGGCUAUACGGCCGACUAAGCUUCUACGCCGUCACACGUCGUGCCUUUUUUGUUUUCGGGCUGAAGUUUCUUAUCUUUUCUCUCUAUCUUUUUUGAUCAUUUCCAUUUUCAUUUCCUCUCGAUAUCAUCCUUUACUUAUUGUCGUACGGAAAUUCAUUCAUUUUUCUUUCUUUUUCAUUUUGGUCAAGAUCUCGUCCUUUACUAUUUUUCAUCAGGAAAUAUGUUCGUUUUUCCUUCUUUUUCGUUUUCAUCAAGAUCUCGUCUUUUACUAUUUUUGGAAAUUCCUUCUUUUUUUUAUUCUUUUUCAUUUUGGUCAAGAUCUCGUGCUUUACUAUUUUUCGUCAGGAAAUGCAUUCGUUUUUCAUUCUUUUUCAUUUUGGUCUAGUUCACGUCCUUUACUUUUUGUCAUCAGGAAAUUCAUUCGUUUUUCUUUCUUUUUCAUUAUGUUCUCGUCUUUUACUUUUUGUCGUCAGGAAAUUCAUUCGUUUUUCAUUCUUUUUCAUGUUGGUGUACAUCUCGAAAUUCAUUCAUUUUUCUUUCAUUUUCAUUUUGGUAUAGAUCUCGUCCUUUAUUUUAAUCGCCAAGAAAUUCGUUCGUUUUUCUUUCUUUUUCAUUUUGAUCCCGUCCUUUCCUCUUUUUUGUCAGAAAAUUCAUUCGUUUUUCAUUCUUUUCCAUUUUGGUCAAGAUCUCGUCCUUUCCUCUUUUUCGUCGGGAAAUUCAUUCGUUUUUCAUUCUUUUCCAUUUUUGCCUACAUCACAUCUUUUACUUUUUGUCGUCAGGAAAUUCAUUCGUUUUUCUUUCUUUUUCAUGUUGGCCUAGAUCUUAUCUCGUACUUUACUAUUUGUCGUCAAGUAAUUCAUUCGUUUUUCUUUCUCUUUCAUUUUGGCCUUGAUCUCGUCCUUUCCUCUUUGUCGUCGGGAAAUUCAUUCGUUUUUCAUUCUUUUUCAUUUUGGUCAAGAUCUCAUCUUUUCCUCUUUUUCGUCAGGAAAUUCGUUCGUUUUUCAGUCUUUCAUUUUUGCCUACAACUCGUCUUUUACUUUUUGUCGUCAGGAAAUUCAUUCGUUUUUCAUUCUUUUUCAUUUUGGUCAAGAUCUCGUCUUUUCCUCUUUUUCGUCAGGAAAUUCGUUCGUUUUUCAGUCUUUCAUUUUUGCCUACAACUCGUCUUUUACUUUUUGUCGUCAGGAAAUUCAUUCGUUUUUCUUUCUUUUUCAUUUUGGUGUAGAUCUCGUCCUUUACUAUUUUUCGUCAGGAAAAUCAUUUGUUUUUCAUUCUUUUUCAUUUUUGCCGACAUCUCGUCUUUUACUUUUUGUCGUCAGGAAAUUCAUUCGUUUUUCUUUCUUUUACAUUUUGCUCUAGAUCACGUAUUUCACUUAUUGUCGUCAGGAAAUUCAUUCGUUUUUCAUUCUUUUUCAAUUUGGUCUAGCUCUCGUCCAUUACUAUUUUUCGUCAGGAAAGUCAUUCGUUUUUCAUUCUUUUUCAAUUUGGUCUCGAUCUCGUACUUUACUAUUUUUCGUCAGGAAAUUCGUUCCUUUUUCAUUUUUGCCUACAUCUCGUCUUUUACUUUUUGUCGUCAGGAAAUUCAUUCGUUUUUCUUUCUUUUAUUAUUUUGUUCUUCUCUCUCUUUUCCUCUCUCUCUUUCUCUGUCUCUCUCACUCACUCUCUCUAUCACUCUUUCUCACUCAAUGAUUCUCUCUUAUUUACUCUCCCUCUCACUCGUUCUCAUUUACUCUCUCUCUCUCACUCUGUCUUUCACUCUCUCUCUCUGUUUCACUUUUUUUUCUUUUCCUUUAUUCUUUUUUCUUUCUUCUUCUUAUUGUUUCUUUAUCUCUUUCGAUAUUUUCUGUCUAUACAAGUUCGCCAUUUUUGUCAAUUCAUUUGUUAAUGUAAUUAUUAUUUACUUUCAUUUUUCCUUCCUUUUUUUUUCUAUUUCUUCUUUUUCACUCUUCAGAUUCUUUUCUUUCUUUCUUUUUUUUUAA